GCCGCUGAACAGUCGUGGGACUCCGGUUCUUGUCGUCUCGUCGCCUGCACGGUUACUGCAUCAGCUCCGCCCGCGAGAACAAUCUGCGCCGCACACACGCACCGAGUGACGCAGCACAACAUAUUAACAAGAAUAAUAAUAACACGAUAUACAUCUCUUCUACAUGUUAAAAUAAUAUAGACGUUAUCUGCGCGAGUGGGUUUCGUGAUUACUGCAUAGCUAGGUAUUGGUUUUUUUUUCAAAUUGUCUUUUUGUCGCGUUCUGUUCGUCUGUUUUCGCUGCAUGCAGAUCAUCAUCCGAAGAACAAAUACGUAACAACAAAAUCGCAAUAUAUACCGUAUAAAUAUAUAUUACCAUAGUUGUAAUAACAAUAUAUAAGCUCACAUCUGUCGCCCCGCGGCGUAGUUUCAAAUACACGCCGGUGAGUGUCCGGCUAUCGUUAUCAUCAUCGUCGUCGUCGCCGUCGACAUGGAGACGGAUAGCAACAGCGACGGCGAAAUGAUGCCGGCCGCCGCGCAGAUGCCACCCUACAGCCGGGCCAACAUCGAGCUGCUCAUCAGGAGACACCAGGCCGCUGUCACAGCGCUUGGGCUGGCGUUCAACGGCCCACCUCACCAUCACAGGCCGAUGAUGGCAAACGCGGCCACAUCCGUGCCAGCACCCAAGCACCACACCAUCGACGCCAUCCUCGGACUCAAGCGCAACGACCACAAAGACCAGGAGUCCGGAGGAGAAAACAGCUGCAAUUCUAGUGACACCGAGCAAAACCGCCAUCAGCCCGUGCCGUCCGACCAACACAAUAUAAUGCGCGGUGGCGGUUGCGGAGGCGUUGGUGGAGGUGGUGGAGUAAAUGCCGGAGGAGGUGGUGGUGGCGGUGGAGGUGGUGGAGGAGGAGGAGGAGGAAUAGGAUGUGGUGGUGGAGGAGGAGGACCUCCACAACAGCGUCGGUCAGCCGACAUGGAUGACAUGAGUGGCGGUGGGUGCGGCGACAGCAGCGACGGUGAACCGGACGAUGAGCAACUAUCCGGCGGCCGGGCGAGCGCGUCACCCGCGGCCGCGGCCGGUGGCAUGUCACCGCCCGACAAGAAAAAGCACCGCCGGAACCGCACCACGUUCACCACCUAUCAGCUGCACGAGCUGGAGCGAGCGUUCGAGAAGUCGCACUACCCGGACGUGUACAGCCGCGAAGAACUGGCCAUGAAGGUCAACUUGCCGGAAGUCAGGGUCCAGGUGUGGUUCCAGAACCGGAGGGCCAAGUGGCGCAGACAGGAGAAGAUGGAGGCGGCAAGACUGGGCCUAAACGACUACGUGCACUCAACGAUGACCGGUUCGCUUAGCCGGAUGCCCGGGUCCAGCCUGGCGCUGCCCGUCGACCCGUGGCUGUCACCGCCGCUGCUGUCCGCGUUACCAGGUUUCUUGUCGCACCCGCAGACGGGUUACCCGAGCUACCUGACGCCACCGGUGGUGCACUGUGGCCCGCCGUCGUCCUCACAGAAGUCGCCGCCAUCACCACAACAGCAGAUCACCAUCGCCACGCCACCGUCGUCGUCGUCGAUGUCCACGUCUUCAUCGUCCGCGGUGUCCACUGCCGAUCCCAGGACAUCGUCCAUAGCUGUACUUAGGCUCAAGGCUAAGGAGCACGUCGAGUCCAUCACGAAAGGCAUGCAAAUGGUCUAGAGCCCCCGCGAUACUUCUUAUGUACCUAGGUAUACCGCCGCAACAAUAAUAACAAUAAUAAUAAUUAUAAUAAUUGUAUUAAGUCCCGGAUUCAUAUGCAAAACAAAUUGUUAAAUUUGCACAUAUUUACGCACUACGCAUAUGUACAAAAUAUCAAAAAAAAAAAAAAAACACUUGAAAAUAAUGAUUAAUGGUAAAACAUACACAUGAUUAUAAUAUUAUAUUAUAUAUCCUGAAUUCAAAUAAUAUUAUAAAAAGAAUACCAAUCAAAUAGGCAGUUCGUUUUCAAAUCAGAAACAAUUGUGGCAUUGUAUUUGAAACAAAUCCUUAAUAUUUUCAAUAAUUAUAAAUAUAUUUUAAUGUUUACGCAACUUCAUAUCCAUGCUAUGCGGAGCUAUAUCCAUUAUCUAAUGUGAUUUUUUUGUUCUAAUUCCGGAAAAUAUAUCAUUUAAGCUUUAGGAUAAUAUAUACUGCGUAUAAUAU